CGGGGGCGGGAAGCUGCCCCACAGCAUGGAACCACAGGUUACUCUAAAUGUGACUUUUAAAAAUGAAACUCAAAGCUUUCUAGUUUCUGAUCCAGAAAAUACAACUUGGGCUGAUGUGGAAGCUAUGGUAAAAGUUUCAUUUGAUUUGAACACUAUUCAAAUAAAAUACCUGGAUGAGGAAAAUGAAGAGGUAUCCAUCAACAGUCAAGGAGAAUAUGAAGAAGCACUUAAGAUGGCAGUUAAGCAGGGAAACCAACUGCAGAUGCAAGUCCAUGAAGGCUAUCGUGUUGUCUACGAAGCCCCACCCCCAGUUGGAGCAGAAAAACGACCAGUUGCAAGGACAGGGAAGAAGCCACUUGCACAUUAUUCUUCACUGGUGAGAGUCUUGGGAUCAGACAUGAAGACCCCGGAGGAGCCUGCAGCACAGCAGUUUCCACCUGCUCCACGUGACGCAGACCAGCCUCAAGACAAGCCCCCAGACUGGUUCACAAGCUACCUAGAGACAUUCAGAGAGCAAGUGGUUAAAGAAACGGUUGAGAAGCUUGAACAGAAAUUACGUGAGAAGCUUAUCCUCCAGAAUCCAUCCUUGGGUUCCUGUCCUUCAGAAGUCUCAAUGCCUAUUUCAGAGGAAGCACUGUUUUUGCCAGAAAACCAGUUCAACUGGCAUAUUGCUUGCAGCAGCUGCCAAAGGAGGAUCGUCGGUGUGCGCUACCAGUGCAGCCUCUGCCCAUCCUACAAUAUCUGUGAAGAUUGUGAAUCGGGGCCAUAUGCCCAUGACUCCAACCAUGUCCUGCUGAAGUUGCGGAGACCUGUUGUGGGUUCCUCUGAACCCUUCUCUCACUCGAGGUUCUCUACUCCUCGUCUUCCUGCUGCUCUGGAACAGGCCAGGCUCCAGAAACAGGUUGACAAGAACUUUCUUAAAGCAGAAAAGCAAAGGUUGCGAGCUGAGAAGAAACAGCGUAAAGCAGAGGUCAAGGAACUUAAAAAGCAGCUUAAACUCCACAGGAAGAUUCAUCUGUGGAAUUCGAUCCAUGGGCUCCAGAGCCCCAAGUCUCCUUUGGGCCGACCCGAGAGCCUGCUGCAGUCUAACACCCCAAUGCUCCCUUUGCAGCCCUGUGCCUCAGUUAUGCCAACCCUCAGUGCAGCAUUUGUGGAUGAGAAUUUGCCUGAUGGGACUCACCUCCAGCCAGGAACCAAGUUUAUCAAACACUGGAGGAUGAAAAAUACAGGAAAUGUAAAGUGGAGUACAGACACAAAGCUCAAGUUCAUGUGGGGAAAUCUGACUUUGGCUUCUACAGAAAAGAAGGAUGUUUUGGUUCCCUGCCUAAAGGCCGGCCAUGUGGGAGUUGUGUCUGUGGAGUUCAUUGCCCCAACCCUGGAGGGAACAUACACUUCCCACUGGCGUCUUUCUCACAAAGGCCAGCAGUUUGGGCCUCGGGUCUGGUGCAGUAUCAUAGUGGAUCCUUUCCCCUACACAGAGAGCUCUGAUAACAUUGAAAAGAGCAUGAUCAGCUCAAGCAAAGGUGCUGAUCUCACCUGCCAGCAAGAGGAAGCUCUUCUUCCGGCUAAAGAAGAAACUCCACCUGGUGAAACAACUGAGCAGGCAGAAGGGACAGGAACCUGCAUCCCACAGAAGGCCAAAAAUGCUGCCAGCGAGAGGGAGCUCUACAUCCCAUCUGUGGACCUUCUGACUGCCCAGGACCUGCUGUCCUUUGAGCUGUUGGAUAUAAAUAUUGUCCAAGAGUUGGAGAGAGUGCCCCACAACACCCCUGUGGAUAUGACUCCCUGCAUGUCUCCUCUGCCACAUGACAGUCCUUUAAUAGAGAAGCCAGGCUUGGGGCAGAUACAGGAAGAGAGUGAAGGGGCGGGAUUUAAAGAACUUCCUGAUUCCACAGUGUCAGUAAAGAAGAGGGCUGAGAACAUUUCUUCAGUGGAGGAAGCAGAAGAUGACCUGAGUGGGACCCAGUUCGUGUGUGAGACUGUAAUCCGAUCCCUUACCUUGGAUGCUGCCCCGGAUCACAAACCACCUUGCAGACAGAAGUCCACGCACAGGGCAGAAUUUCAGUUGCACACCACAGAGGAGCAGCAGCCGGUUGUGCUGCCUGGAUUCUGCAGCAAGGAGUCUUCUUUGAAAUUUGCCCCACCCGAAGAGGGACCACUUGGAGACGAGAGGGAAGAGAUUGUCCGUAUUGUUGAAGAAGAAGCUGUCAUGGAGGAGGAGGAGGAGGAUGAGCUCAGAGAUGAAGUUCAGAGUCAGUCCUCUGCUUCUUCGGAGGAUUACAUCAUCAUCCUGCCUGAGUGCUUUGACACCAGCCGCCCCCUGGGGGACUCCAUGUACAGCUCUGCCCUCUCACAGCCAGGCCUGGAGCGAGGGGCUGAAGGCGAGCCUGGGGUUGAGGCUGGGCAGGAACCAGUCGAGGCUGGGGAGAGACCCCCUGGAGGGGAGAACCAGCCACAGGGGCACAGCAUCAAUGAUAUCCUUAUGACCUCACAGACUCUGGACACAGUGCCCCUGACCCCAGAGGUGGUAGGGCCUUCGCCACGGCUGCCCAGGAGUCCUCCGUAUGCACAGCAUCAUGGUUCCCCAGGAGUGGAUUUACCAGUUACCGUACCAGAAGUUUUUUCAGUCCCUGAUCAGAGCAGAGGAGAGCUCAGAGGCUCAUCAGGACUUGUAAACAGCAGACAGAAGAGCUCUGACCACUCAAGGCACCACCACGGGAGCAGCAUUGCUGGAGGGCUGGUGAAGGGGGCUUUGUCUGUUGCCGCCUCUGCAUACAAGGCCUUGUUUGCUGGACCACCAGUCACUGCACAGCCAAUAGUUUCCGAAGAUCAGACAGCAGCCCUGAUGUCCCAUCUCUUUGAAAUGGGAUUCUGUGACAGGCAGCUAAACCUAAGGCUGCUGAAGAAACACAAUUACAACAUCCUGCAGGUUGUGACAGAACUCCUUCAGAUCAACAACGACGACUGGUACAGCCACCGCUACUGAGGAGUGACCUCGUAUUCAAUAACUUUGCCUGCUGCUCAGAGACGAUCUUUAUUCUGUCUUGGGGGUGUGGGGUGGAGGCCCUUGCUUAUUUUUUAAUCUGAUGAAUCUACAUAGAGCCCAUCAUUGAACUGUCAAGACAAUACCUGCCUUGCGGUAUUUUCUGGAGCACAUGAAAGGCCGGAACUUAAACCUUCCCUUUAGACGUUAGAUGAAUUGUAGGAAGAGCAUUUUUCACUUGAUCUGGAUAAAACGCUUCUCCGUUUUAGUGCACUGAAAAGUGCAACUUAAACUCCCUAUGGAACCCUUUUUCUUCCUGCUUGUACUGAAGUUGAGUAUUUUUCUUUGCUUAAUUGUGGAUGUUUUCAAUGAGGAUAUCUGUUCAUUGUCAGCUUAUAAAAGAAAUUAACCUUGGACGUUGUUUUCAAGAAUUACUCUCAUAAUUUUUCUAACCUAUCCCAAGCUUCAUAGCUGUGUGGUGUUAAAAUAACACCCAGGGCGCGCACGAUAGGAGUUUUGUUCCUCUUCCCUUCUCAAGGAGAAAGUCGUUCCCCUGCAAGUCUUAGUACCGGGCACUGUUGUUUUUCAAAAGACCCCCAGUGAUGCGUGUAGAGUACAUCCACCUCCCGG